AGAUGGAAGCUCGGCGUUGGUUGCUUUCACCCCAUGUCGCUCGUAGACAGGGUGACAUGAUUUCUUGGGUCCGGCACUGUCUGUUUCAUACAACAGUAGAACAGCUAAAGAAAACACCAGCUGAACAGAGGUGGUUAUCAAGACAACUAAGGGACCCAUAUGUGAAAUCUGCCCGACAACAAAAUUUCCGCUGUCGGAGUGCUUUUAAGCUGCUGGAGAUUGAUGAGAAGCAUAACAUCCUGAAGCCUGGGAACAGUGUGAUUGAUUGUGGUGCAGCACCAGGCGCCUGGAGCCAGGUUGCAGUUGACAGGGUCAAUGCCACUGGCUUUGUGAUGAGUAGCUGUCAGUACCAUUUGGAGCGUUGGACAAGGGGAUUUGUCAGCUUUUUUACAGAUCCAGAUGCUCCUGUGGGAUUUGUAGUGGGCGUUGAUCUAUUACACAUACCUCCUCUGGAUGGUGCUGUGUUCCUGCCUCACUCUGAUCUCCUGGAGCCCACCAUUCAAGCGAGGAUCCAGGAAUCCCUGCCAACAGGAAUGGCUCAGGUGAUCCUCAGCGAUAUGGCACCAAAUGCCAGUGGGAUCCGUGAACUGGACCAGCAGCGACUGGCUGAGCUGUGCUUAUGUGUUGUUGGACUGGCCAGGAAGGUCUUGAGUCCUGGUGGCACCUUGCUGUGUAAAUUCUGGGAUGGCACUAAUAGCCGUAUCAUCCAAAAGCGACUUGCUGAAUUGUUUAGAGAUGUGAAGACUUUAAAGCCUGCUGCAAGCAGGAAGGAGUCAUCAGAGAUCUACUUUUUAGCAAAGCACUACAGGACAAGCUGAUGUUUCAGAGUGACUGCUUAUGCACAAGAAGUGUCAACGGCAGUGUAACAAUUUUUGAGACAGUUUGUUGUUACUUACAUUUUCUCCCUAUCCUAUCAAAUUUUGCCCCUUAUGUUGAGGCUGACAGUCCACCACUUAGUUAGAAAGAAAAUAAAUGUUUCUGUAUAUGGUCUUUUAUAACCACAACUUUUGUGAUUUGUAGCAAUGUAGUACUUCUGAAGUGUCAUAAUUGUUGUAAUGUCAAAAAUAUGGCAGCAAAUUUGCACAGAGCAAAUUCCUACAAAAAGCCAUAUGACAAUGAGAAGACAAUCUGCUUUUUUGAUAAAAGCUGCAAGUUCUGGAGAAACCCAGGAGGUCUAGCAGCAUCUAUGGGGAGAAAAAAAUUAAUGUUAACAUUUGGAGUCCAGUUUGACUUUACUAUGAUAAGUGUCAUCAUUGGAUUGAAAACAUUAACUCUAUUUCUCUCUGCCAGACUGGCUGAGUUUUUUCAGCAGUGUACUCAGGUGCAUGUUAGGAGUCAGCCCUGUCUCGGUAGGUUGCAUUCUUACCUCUGAACUAGAAGGUCAUAGAUUCACCUCCCACUCUAAAAAUGAGAACACAGUGUAAGUUGAUACUCCCAUCUCCUGUACUAUUGAAGGUGCCACCUUUUUGUUAGCCAUGGAAGUAAUACCCUAUCUGUCCACUUAGGAGGAUGUAAAAAAAAUUUGGGAUUUUUUCAAAAAGGAAUGUAUAGGGUCCUGGCUAAUAUUUAUUUCUUGAACAACACCCCAAAACAGAUUUGCAUUAUUGUUCAUAGGACCUCAGUGUACAAUUUUCUUUUCAUCUAUGGGAUGAGUUGUCACUGACUAAGCCAUCAUUUAUUACCCAUCCCUAUUCACAAGUCAACCACAUUGGUGAGGGUCUGGAAACACAAUAGGCUAGACCAGAUAUGUAUGGCAAAUUCCUUUCCUUCAAGGCAUUAGUGAACCAGAUUUUUGUUUUCCUCCUGACAAUUGUUUCAUUGUCAUCGUUAAACUCUUAAUACCCGAUUUUCAUUGAAUUUAAAUUCCACCAUCUGCUAUAAUGGGAUUUGAACCUGGGUUCCCAGGUCAUUACUUGGGUUUCUGUAUCAACAGUCCAACGAUUAAACCACUAGGCUGUCACCUCCCCAAAUGACAAAUCUACUGUAUUCUUUCCUGUAUUAAAAAUACAGAACUAUUUUGUAGACUAUAAAAAGCUUUAUUACUCUUCAAAGUUGUUAGAUGUAUUUAUACUGCAUCUUUUUAAUGCUAUAUGUAUUAAUUUUUUUAUUAUUUAUGUGAACUUAAACCUUUUCUUGUACAGCUAUGGAAACUGAAUAUAUGUAAUUCAAUUGUGUA